UUUUCCCCCCUGUUACUUAGUGUGGAAUAUCUGAGUACUUUAUUCAACGCUCCAGAAGGAAAGAAAAAUACUUUGAAGAACUGCUUAUGGAAAUUUGAGGAGUUUUAUUUAUUUAUUAUUAUUUUCCUUAUCAAGUACGUAUGAUAUUACGAUGUGUGUGGUGCGAGAGUCUUCACCGCCCCUUUUAGACCAGAAUUAGUCAGUGUGGUCCCGGAGUAGAGGCUAGAUCAGUGUCUUCUCGAUCUCACGCACUCUCCACAUUCUCCUUUUCUUCUUUUCCCCCAAAGGUUAUUUGUCUAUUUCCAUGGAAUAACUUAUCAGGAAGACGAGUGAACGACAAAGUGUCUUGUUCCCCCCCUCCCCCCCCACACCGCCUGUAACUGACAGGCGGUUUAAGGUUUGUUCUUCUCCGGAGAAUGCUCAAUGAUCGAUGGGGAAUCAUGAACAGCUCACCGGAACUCGAAGACGGACAGCGGGGCAAAAAUCAGAGGAUGAGUUGUAGCUAUCUGCUAUGUACCAUCCUUCUCUUCGUGGCCGUUCUGCUCGCAGUCACAGUGACGGGAACCAUUCUUCUUAUGAACCACUACCAGGCUCCCCACAUGUCGGACGGCCCGCCUCAUAUUAGCACCAAUCAGGACGAAGCCAAUGCAUUGGUGACAGUAGAGAGGGGUGAUGGAUCACGCAUCAAUAUCUUCAUCGACCCCAACUGCCCUGAUUAUAACAGUAAUUUCCUGCGGCUGGAAGGCGUGCAGACAUCUUUGCUGCAUUCGCUCACCGACCACGAUACGGAUCUCAAGUCCGUCAAAGGUCAGGAUCGAGCGCUAUUGGUCAACUUGGCAGAGGAAGUUGCUAAGCUGUCUGCCCACGCGGGACAGCUGAAGAUGGACUAUGAGUCUCUCAGAAGAGGACAAAGCAACCUGGGACAGGACCUGAAUACACUGCAGACUGAACAGAGCAGACUUAUACAGGUGCAAUAA